UUGGUCAUUAUUGUUCCGUAAUCAAUUUGUCAUCAAACACCUACUACAAAAGUCUCAAUUCUGUGAUCUCAUUUCUGCUCCCAUAACCAGAAACUAAUGGCAGAUCAACCUCUAUUUACAGUCCCCAACGUCAGCCCUUAUGACUUUCUCCAGAUCGUCCCCAACUCCGACGGUAGCCUCACCAGACUCAUCUCCUUCCCCACCGUCUCUGCAGCAGCUGACCACCAAUCCGAUUCUGCAGUCCUCACCAAAGACAUCCCCCUCAAUACUACCAAUAAAACUUGGCUCCGCAUAUACCGGCCUCGUCGAUUACCUCCAUCCUUCUCCUCUUCCUCCGGCAAGCUCCCUCUUAUAGUUUACUACCAUGGAGGUGGCUUCAUCAUCGGCGCUGCAGCCUGGAAUAUAUUUCACGACUUCUGCUCAAAUUUGGCUGCCGAACUGCCUGCCUUGGUUAUCUCGGUUGAAUACCGUUUGGCUCCGGAGCACCGCCUCCCUGCGGCCUACGAAGAUGCCGUUGAAGUGUUGCACUUUAUCAAGAACCAGCUAGAGUUAUUGAACGAGAAAAGUGAGCAAGAGGAGUGGUUGAGAGAGUUGGGUGAUUGUUCGCAGUGUUUCCUCAUGGGCAGCAGCGCAGGAGGUAAUAUUGCCUACCAUGCAGGAUUACGUGCGCAAGCGAUGGCGCAUGAUCUUGAGCCCCUCAAGAUCACUGGGCUAAUUUUGCAUCAGCCUUUCUUUGGUGGGUCACAGAGGACGGAAUCAGAAUCGAAUUUGGCCAAUAAUCCAUUCUUGCCGUUGUCAGUGACGGAUGUGAUGUGGGAAUUGUCGUUGCCGGUCGGAUCUGAUCGUGAUCAUGUUUAUUCCAACCCCAUGACGACCGGCAGCCUUACCCAUCAGAUUGGAUUGCUUGGGCGAUGCUUGGUGACGGGUUGCAGUGGAGACCUGCUGAUCAGCCAACAGAUGGAGUUUGUGAAGAUGCUAGAAGAAGAGGGUGUCACCGUGGUGAGUUGGUUUCAGGAGGGAGGUUAUCAUGGAGUGGAACUCAUGGAGCCCAUGAAGUCUCCGGCCUUAACGACGGUCGUUAGAGAAUUCAUUUUCCGGUCUUCUCUAUAACUUGAUUGUUUCACUUGUUGUUGAUGUGAUGUGUGUUACUUUGUAUACUUUUGCUUAAUCAUGCAUCCUGAAAUCUUAACAAAUAAUUACCUUGGGCCCGGUGGCUGUUGUGUUGCACCGGUAGCUCUACUUUGCUUUUUCAUUCCUCUUCCUUUAUUGGCUUUUUUUUUUAUGUAAAAAAUACCUAAUAAACAUAUGCAUUACCAUUACCAUUUAAUUUUUAUUA